CUAGCUAACCUUGGACUUUGCUAACUUCAGUUCAGACACCAAACACAACACAAACCUCUCUCUCUCUCUCUCUCUCUCUCUCUCUCUCUCCUUUCAGAUUUUCACACCAACCUACAAGAAAAAAGAAGAAAAAAAAAACCCUUUAUUGAGCUGUCUGGCAUUGGAUUCAAAGGGAGAUAGAUUCCACCCUGUUCCAGUUUUGUUGUUUUCUGAAGCAUUCAUUUUAUUCAUUUGAAUCGAUAUGAAGUAGUAGAGAGAACAAGAAGAAGGGAAAAUAGAGAGAUUGUUACAGGUUGAAGAAAAUGAGUGUGUCUUUGACUGUGAUGACUUUCAAUCUCCAUGAUGAUCAGCCACCAGAUAGUCCUAAUUCGUGGGAGAAGAGAAGGGACAUUUGUAUUAGCGUUAUUACCAGUUACUCUCCCUUCAUCCUCUGUACCCAACAAGGAGUCAAAGCUCAAUUGGAUUUUCUCCAGCAGGGUUUGCCAGGUUAUGAUCAGUUCGGCAUAUCUCGAAAAGGGCCACAAGAUAGUUCUGACGAGCAUUGCACUAUAUUCUAUGAUAAGGAAAAGGUAGAGCUUCUGGAAGGUGGAACCUUUUGGUUGUCCGAGUCUCCCUCUGUACCUGGAAGCAUGUCAUGGGGUUCUGAAGUUCCUUGCAUUGCAACAUGGGCUACAUUUCAACUUAAAGGAGUUGAGCUACCAGGAUUCUCGUUUCAGAUAGUAAAUACAAACAUGGAUGAAUUCAGUCCUCGUGCCCGUAGAAGAAGUGCUUUACUCACAUGGCAACACAUUGCAUCCUUACCUCCUAGCCUGCCAGUUGUGUACUGUGGAGGAUUCAACACACAAAAGGAAUCAACUACUGGACGCUUUCUUCUCGGAAGAUCGAGAGAGCAUGGUGUUGUUGGAGAUAUGCGGGAUGCAUGGCCUAGUUCUCGUGUGCGGAAAAAUGUUUCACUAAUCCGCACUUAUCAUGGGUUCAAGGGUGAAAAACAAGGAACCCUUGAGUACCUCAAGUUGAUCUUUAGAGCCCUCUGCCUCUGCUGGGAUCGCCAAACGCAGGAUCUUCAUAUUGAUUGGAUCUUUUUCAGAGGGAGAUCUCUGAUUCCGGUUUCAUGUGAAGUGGUGAAUGAUAACAUUGAUGGUUUUUAUCCAUCAUCUCAUUUUCCUAUAUUUGCUGAGUUCAUGCUUCCUCGGACCGUAAGAAUGCUAGAAUCACCCGUGCAAGAGGAUAGCUAAAUUUCUAUUUCUUGCCAUAUCUGGGUUUAUUCCUCUUUGAGCUGUAUCAUCCAUCAUGAAUGUCUUCUGCAGUUAUAUUUGGGGUUUGUAGUAAUACUGCAACGGUGGCGGUGGAGACGGCGGCUAUUGAAGUAUGCUUGUGCUUCAGAGAAAUGUGGUCACAUCAUACCAGGCAAAUCUGUUAGCUGAAUGCUGCCUCCACAACUGAGGAUCACGUGUUGAAACAGACUUCCUUUGCUUGUAAACUUUUGUCGUCCCUAGUGUUUCUUUCUCAAAUGCUCUUCUAAAUUUGAUUUAAGAAUGUUAUGAUAUUUGUGACAUUUGAGUAUUGUCACAAAAGAUUAUAUGGCGCCAAAGAUUGUUAUAUGAUUAUUCAUCGAUUGAAGUAA